UGUCCAGCCCAUUAUCUGAUCUGAAAAUCCGUAGGUGAAGAGAGGCUUUAACCUCCUCAUUAUACGUAAAGGAGGAGGGCUGCAGAAACAGACAACCCGGGUGCCGGUGGCUCCUCCUUGACUGAGGUUCUCUCUGGACUCUUGAAACUCUUUACUGUAAGAUCUAAAAAAACAAUGCAGUUAGAGAACAUCCUUCCCAGCGCCAGCAUCAGUUUACCCAAGACUUUUUACAAUCUGUCCUCAUCGGACAGCACCAACAACAGCCCGAGGCCGUCAUCGCAGCUUGAAUAUCAAGAAGUCGAGCGGACGGAAUCAGAGUCCAGCGGUGCUUCUAAGAAAUAUUUGAGCGGGGUCGGUAACGGGAUGCUGGGUGAGGGAGAAGGGGACAGUUUUAAUAAGGCCGAUGGGAGGAAAGGUUCUCCGGUGUUGGGUGAGGACGAGCUGACGAGCGGCCGGCGGUACAGCAUAGACGAACUUGGCUCUGAUAGAUACUUCAUCUCGUCAUCCCAGGCGAGCUCCGACAUGGCAAACCCCUGUUCCCUCUUUCCCUACGCAGGACAGACGGGGUCGGUGUACACCGGGUCCAGCAGCUCCAGAUAUCCAGCGUCGCUACAUUACGGAUCUGUCCUGCCGCCCACAGGCUUCUCCUCUCCGUCGGUGUGCAGCGGUCGGAACCAGUUCAGCAGCGGAGGGUACCAGUUCAGUCAAGGUCCGGGCUGUUUGUACCCCUCGUAUCCCGGGACGGGGACGGGUAUAAGCUCCAUGUCUCUUCCAGGGUCUGUCACCGGAGCCAGAGCGCAGGUCUACCUGUGCAACAGACCUCUUUGGUUGAAAUUCCAUCGGCACCAGACUGAGAUGAUCAUCACGAAACAGGGCAGACGGAUGUUCCCAUUCCUCAGUUUCAACAUCACCGGACUCAACCUCACGGCCCAUUACAACGUCUUUGUAGAAAUAGUUUUGGCUGACCCGAACCACUGGCGCUUUCAGGGAGGAAAGUGGGUCACUUGUGGAAAAGCAGACAAUAAUAUGCAAGGUAACAAAAUGUAUGUUCAUCCUGAAUCUCCAAACACUGGCGCUCACUGGAUGAGACAAGAAAUCUCUUUCGGCAAGCUGAAGCUGACCAACAAUAAAGGGGCCAACAACAACAACACGCAGAUGAUAGUCUUGCAGUCGCUUCAUAAAUACCAGCCCCGAUUGCACAUUGUGGAGGUGACAGAAGACGGAGUAGAGGACAUGAGUAAUGAGGCCAGAACCCAAACCUUCACUUUUCCAGAGAAUCAGUUCAUUGCUGUCACAGCUUACCAGAAUACAGAUAUUACUCAGCUGAAGAUAGAUCACAACCCAUUUGCAAAAGGUUUCCGGGAUAACUAUGACUCAAUGUAUACGGCCCCAGAGAGUGAUAGGCUGACUCCGUCUCCAACAGACUCUCCUCGUUCGACCCAAAUUGUGCCCGGAGCCCGCUAUGCCAUGCAGCCUUUCUUUCAGGACCAGUUCGUCAACAACCUGCCUCAGAACCGAUUCUACACCGGGGAACGGGCCGUUCCACAAACCAACAGCCUUCUCUCCCCACAGAGUGAGGACGCCAGUGCAGCUGCUUCUGCCCAACGUUGGUUUGUCCCCCCAGUUCAGCAGCCAGGCUCCAACAAGCUUGACCUCUCAUAUGAAAAUGACUAUUCCACCAGUAGCCUGCUGUCAUACGGCAUCAAGCCUCUGUCUCUGCAGACAUCCCAUGCCCUCAGCUACUAUCCAGACUCGGCUUUUGCCUCCAUGGCGGCAGCAGGUUGGGGCACCAGAAGCUCUUACCAGCGUAAAAUGACCACGGGCCUGCCCUGGUCCCCUCGUCCAAGCCCCCCAGCCUUCACAGAGGACCAGCUGGGGGCUACUAAAGAAAAGCUGCCUGAGGAGAAUGCGCCUCCCACCUCAACCUGGAUCGAGACGUCCAACUCGCUGAAAUCAGUGGACUCUAGCGAUUCUGGGGUGUACUCCAUGGGGUGCAAGAGGCGCAGAUUAUCCCCUGGGGGUUCCAGUACAGAAAACUCCCCUACCAUCAAGUGUGAGGACUUGACUACAGAAGAGUACAACAAGGACAACCCAAAAGGCAUGGGUUAUUAUGCAUUCUACACAAGCCCCUAAGACUGUAUUUAUUUAAGCUAAAUCUAAUUCUUUGGUUUUAUCAUUAAGUGCUCUCCAUUCCCUGUUAAUGUCUUUUUUCUCUUUUCUCUAAAGGUGCCAAAGCUUAGUGUUCCCCCAAGCAAGCUGCACAAGGUUAUUUUCCCAGACCAACCCCUCUCACAUGAGCAGAAACAUGCAUAGUGAUUGUUGUUUUUGAGAAAGCAUGUUCAAUUUAACUUGGUUAUUUUUUAACUUUUUUCUUUUUUUUUUCUUCUUUUUUUAAGCAAAUGUGACACUCCCCCCUCCCUCCCCUUUACCUGCGUAUUUAAGUCAUUUUCAUUGUACAGUAUUCGUGCACUUUAGAAUGUGAUGUAUCUUGUACAAACUGUCUUCAUGGAGGUGUUAUUAAAUGGAUAAUAAAAUGGCUUUUCAUGAA